AUGAAAUAUUUACAUUUAUUUAAACUUAUUGUCUUCUUGCAUAGUUCAUAUAUUGUAUUAGGAGAUGAGAUGGAAGAUGAGCAUGAGCCACAUCAUCAUAGAUAUAGUCCAUCUGAAGGAACAUUUUGGUUAUUCCUUUUAUAUGCACUUGGAUUAUCUCUUUUGGCAGCAUUUUGUUCAGGAAAUACUCAAGGAUUGCUUUCAAUAGAUAUGUUAAAUUUAGAACUUAAGUAGAAGAGUGGGACAGAAUAUGAAAAGAAAGUGGUAUGAAGUUUAUAUUAUUAAAGGCUGAAAUACUAUUACCAGUAAUAUCUCAACAUCACUUAUUGUUGUCAACUUUAUUAGUAGGAAAUGCUUUUGCAUGUGAAACAUUACCAAUAAUUUUGCAUUAAUUAGCUCCAGAUUGGUUGGCAAUCUUAAUAUCAGCUGGAAUAAUAGUGUUAUUUGGAGAGAUAAUUCCAUCUGCAUUUACAACAGGACCAGAUUAAUUAGUAAUAGGAAUGAGAAUGAUUCCAUAUGUAAAAGUAUUAUAAGCUAUCUUAUACAUAAUAUGUUAUCCAUUGAGUUUGCUACUAGAUUAUGUUUUAGGUGUGCAUCUCCAUUAAAGAUAUAAGAUAAAAGAUGUAAGGGGAUUAUUAAAUUUGCAUGCAUAAGAUAGUGGACAUGGAAAUAAUGCUUAAUUAACAAAGGAUUAGAUGUAAUUGUUAGAUUCUAUGAUGGAAAUGAGAAAACAAACUAUUAUGAAGAAUUGUAAAGACAUAAAGAAAGUUUUUAUGGUUAGUGCAGAUGAAAGAUAUAGUUCAGAUUUAAAAAAUAAAAUAAGAAUAAAAGGAUUUUCAAAGAUUCCAAUUUAUUAGGGAUCGAACAAAGAAUAAAUACUUGGAACUAUAUAAGCAAAAUCGAUUUUAAAAUUAACUGCAUAGGAUUAUGGAAGACCAUUAUCAUCCUUAUUGUAAAUGUAAGAACCAUUAAUAGUGCCAUAAGAUACAACAAUGUUGGAAAUGUUAAUGUUAUUUGAACGUGAACGAAAAUCAUUAGCAUUUAUUUGUGAUAAAGGAAAAAAAGUACAAGAAUAUAAUACUAUGAAUGUAAUUGUAUUCUAUUUUAUAUUAGAUUUAAAAUUUAAUAGUAGAAGAUCAUACAAAUAUUAUAGCUUUGAUUGGAUUGACUGAUGUAUUUGAAGAAAUGCUUGAUUUUGAGAUUGAAGAUGAAGAUGUUCAUGGAACUUUAAGAGAUUAUCCAAAAUAAAGAAGCAAGUAUACAGAAUUAAAAGUUAUAACUGAAGAAUAAGAAAAGUAAGGUAGAGGUCGGGAAUUGAAAUAGAAACUAUUAUCAUGAUAUAAAAUGAC